AUGGAGGAUACCGGAGACUUGAACGCUGACAUGAGAUGUCAGAGCACCGGGGACCCGCAGUUGGACAAGGCGGUGCACCAGUGGUUAACGUGGGACCGGAACCCGUGGACCAGGGCUCAGGUGGAUUCUCUGGUGGCAGCAGGUCGUCUGGAUGAUCUAUGGUCCAGAUUCUGCAACAGAGUGAGCUUUGGUACUGCCGGACUCCGAGCGCCGAUGGGAGCUGGAUUCAACCGGAUCAACGAUCUUACCAUCAUCCAGUCCACGCAGGGGCUGUACACGUACCUGUGCAGGUGCUUUGCUGACCUCGGCAGCAGAGGAGUGGUUGUUGGAUUCGACACCAGAGGUCAGGAGGAGAGCGGCUGCAGCAGUCAGAGGUUGGCGAAGCUGACUGCGGCGGUGAUGCUCAGCCGAGGCGUUCCUGUCCAUCUUUUCUCUGUAUUCGUUCCUACGCCGUAUGUGCCUUAUGCUGUGAGAAGCCUCGGAGCAGCAGCAGGAGUCAUGAUCACAGCUUCACAUAAUCCUAAAGAGGACAACGGAUACAAGGUGUACUGGUGUAAUGGUGCUCAGCUCUCCGCCCCCCACGACAAGGAGGUCCUGCGCUGCAUAGAGGAGCAGCUGGAGCCGUGGAGCACCUCCUGCUGGGACGAGGAGCUGGUGGACCACUGCUCCCUGAGAACUGACCCCCUGAACCAAAUCAACAGCUGCUACAAGGAUGACCUCACCUCCCUCUGCUUCCACAGAGACCUGAACAGGAACUGCUCGCUAAAGUUCGUCCACUCGUCCUUCCACGGAGUUGGACAUACCUUCAUCCAACAGGCCUUCCAGGUGUUUGGUUUUGCUCCGCCCAUCCCCGUCCCUGAGCAGAAAGACCCCGACCCAAACUUCUCAUCUGUUCGCUGCCCAAACCCAGAGGAGGGAGAGUCGGUUCUGGAGUUGUCUCUCCUUCUGGCCGAGCGGGAAAACGCUCAGAUCGUUCUGGCGACAGAUCCUGAUGCUGAUCGUCUGGCUGUGGCAGAGAAAAGUGACGGGUGUGGAUGGAAGGUGUUCUCAGGAAAUGAGCUGGCUGCUCUGUUUGGUUGGUGGAUGUUCUUUAACUGGAAGGAGAACCAUCCAGAUCCGGCUGAUACUCAGAACGUCUACAUGUUGGCCACCACCGUGUCCUCUAAGAUCCUGCAGGCUUUCUCUCGGAUCGAGGGGUUUCACUUCGAGGAAACUCUUCCUGGAUUCAAAUGGAUCGGGAACAGAAUCCACGAACUCUCCAAAACCGGAAACAGUGUCAUAUUUGCGUUUGAGGAGUCCAUAGGUUUCCUGUGUGGCAGCAUGGUCCCAGAGAAAGACGGUGUGAGCGCCGCUGUGGUCAUGGCGGAGAUGGUGGCGUAUCUUCACGAGAAGAGCCUGAGUCUAAACCAGCAGCUGCACAACAUCUACAGAACGUACGGUUAUCACGUGUCCAGAACCUCCUACGUGGUCUGUAAUGACCCCCCAACCAUCCAGAAGAUCUUCGGUCGCAUCAGGAACUUUGACGGCAACGGUUCGUACCCAAAGACGUGCGGCGGCGUGCGGAUCGUCCACGUUAGAGACGUAACCACGGGAUUCGACAGCAGCCAGCCUGACCUCAGAUCAGUGCUUCCUGUGUCAAGGAGUGGUCACAUGAUCACCUUUACUCUGGAGAACGGCGUGGUGGCGACGUUGCGGACGAGUGGCACCGAGCCCAAAAUUAAAUCUUACACAGAAUUCUGUGCUGCCCCGGGUCAAAGUGAUGUCAGCAGACUGGAGGCGGAGCUUCAGAAGGUCACAGAUGCUCUUUUGGACGAGUUCCUGGAACCAGACAAGAACCAGCUGAUCCGCCGCUUCAUCUAGCUCCGCCCACUGCUUCCUAGCAGUGACAUCACAUCCUGUCAGAGCUGCUUCUUGU